AAAGUCAUUAAGUAUCCCCAACUUACAGUAACUGAGGCACCGAACUUACUUGGCAAGUUUCCCAGAGCUUGUGGGAAAUCCCACCGCCUCUAUAUAUGGACAUCCGUUCUUUCUCCACUCCCAACACCCUGCACUUCUUUUUCCUGUUUAUUGAGAAAGGAAACUGUUAUCAGAGCUAACCAAUGAGAAGCCCCUCCAUUCAAGUCUGCAACCAAUCACAUUUCGAAUACAGAAAGUGAAAGUAAUCCAGAAGGUACAAUAGUGAAGAAAGCUCACCAGUGUGGUUAACAGACAUGCGGCACUGUGUGCAGAGCUUGACGGACAAAUCGAGAACUAUGAAGCUGCUACCAGAUCAUAUCAAAGUGCUUUAUUUUGCCAGUGAAUGUAUGGAGCCAUAUGUUGAGAUUAUCACAGUAAAGGAUCCCAAGCGCCGCCUGAGUUUGUGUAGCUCAGAGGACUCUGAGGCAGAAGAACCUGAGUACCAGAAGGAAGACGACGAUGAUCUCCCUGUCCUGUGCAACCACAGCCAGCUUCUGGAUGAAGACCACCUAAAAAGACUUGCUGUUCACAUGCCAGCAAGGACUCAGGGCUAUCCAUGGCAACUGGUCUACAGCACAGCCAUCCAUGGGAGCAGCUUGAAGACCCUGUACAGAAACAUGGCCAGCCUGGACAGCCCAGUGCUACUGGUCAUCAAAGACAUGCACAAAAAGGUGUUUGGUGCUUUUUCUUCAGAUCCAUUCAGAGUCAGUAAAUACUGCUACGGCACAGGAGAGACCUUCCUGUUCAGCUUCAACCCUGACUUCCAGGCAUACAGGUGGAGUGGUGAGAACUCCUACUUUGUGAGUGGCAACCUGGACUCUCUGCAGAUUGGUGGAGGAGGGGGUGGAUUUGGUCUGUGGCUGGAUGCUGAUCUGUACCAUGGGUCAAGCUUUUCCUGUCCCACCUUUCACAACGCAUCUCUCUCAACACAGGAAGACUUCAUUGUACAAGACCUUGAAGUCUGGACAGUGCGGAACUGAGUGAUAACAUCUGACAAGAUGAGCUGAAAACAUAGUAGAACCCACUGUUCUGUCUGGAGUUAUGAAACUUCUGACAAAUGUGCGGCUUUGCCACUACUGUACCUGAUAGAGCAGUGGCUAUCAUCUGUGCACCUGGCUCAGAUUAGCCCACGUGCACUAUGAAAUCUGCUCUAGAGGUUCUUGGGCUGGACAUUCUCUCUAUGCUGGUUUGAUCCGUGCCUCAAGUGGCUGGAUGAAAUCUUGCGAUUCGGGGUCCUGCUGCUUUAAACUAAUGGCUAUUCAUCAAUAGCCCUGUGCUAAGCCCAGUAAGUAACUGGCAUCUGAAGCUUUAAGCCUUCCUUGCCCUCCCCUUGUUGUGGAGAGCAUUAUAAUACAAAGUUCCUUGUGACACUGUCGGAUAAAAAGUGUGUAUGCACAUUCAGGAUACAAGGACAUUUUUUAAAAGUUUCCUUUAACAACAAAUGUGUUUGUGAAAUUUUAGAGUGUGUGUAUGUGUGUUAGAGUGUGUGCUUUGCAUAAGUGCAUAUUUGUUCUUUUUCUCAUGGCACCAAGGUUUUUAAAACAUACUUGGCAAGGAAAGGGCCAAAAAAAGUAAAAUAAUUAAUUUAUGGUAAAAACACUGUAAUGCGAUAGGACCCAUAAUGGCCUAUCUGGACUCUAAUAGUACUUUGAAUUUUUUCUUACAUGAGGUUCAUCUCCAUUAUAUACUUUUAUUUUUUUAAGUCCAUUCAGGUUUUUUUUUUUUUUAAAAAAAGUAUAGGUUUCAUUCUAAAUAACUUAUUAUCUUCUAUAUGUGACAUUUUUAGAGGAAGAGACCUGAACUGUUAACUGUCACUUCUCUGUUUGUAAAAGUGGCACCCCUGUCUGCCUAUUUGCAUACAUGGACAAUAUAUCUUUUGGAAAGAUUCAAGAUAACAAUUCAAAUCUUUCACUUUUUUUUGUUUUUACAAUCUAUAUAUUUAAAUGUAUUUUUAAAGAAAUUUUAAACAGGAAAGAAACUUUUAUGUUGUUUCUGUUUGUUUGUGUUACUUUUUAUUUGUGUUAAAAUCAGACUCUGCUUGGCAGUGCUGGCACUGUGCCUGGCAGUGCUGCUUUGUGAACCACAUUAAAACUUUGUAUUUCCUGGCGAAAAACAAGGUUUUUGUAGUAUAUUAUGUGGCAUAUUUUAUUAUAAAUAAACCCUUAAAACAACA